AUGCCCUCCACCUCUCGAGCCUCGUCGGUCACGUCGCAUCCUUCGGUCUCCGAACCCGUCGACCUCGCCACGAAUUCAACACACUACUCUCUAUCUCGCGUCGUCCAAGCCCGCAAGGCACAAUACGUCCGACCGCACCGGAUACGCGUCAAAGUCGGAUCGUGGAACGUCGCCGCAUGUCCUGGAACCGACAAAGACCUUGCCAGGUGGUUUGUCGAUGGAAGGGGCUUGGAGCCUGGAUUGGAGUCGCAUCUUGCCAAGCUGAAGAUUACGGAAAGCGACCUCGUGGAAGAGAGCACGCCGCAAGAACCACAGGACGAGCAGAGGGAGCCUUCAAUACGACUCGUCGGAGGCUCGGACAUUGGCCUCUAUGUGCUCGGCCUCCAGGAGAUCAUGUCGCUCAACCUCGUGUCCCAGUCUCUGUAUGCGGAUCCCUUCAUCACGGCCAAGUGGCAAGCAGCGCUCGAGGCUGCCCUUCCCGCCAACUAUACGCUGGUCGCAUGCCAGCAACUGUCAGGCCUGCUCCUGCUCAUCUACGCGUCGCCCGAAGUCGCCGCCACCAUCUCCAAUGUCUCCACAAUAUCCGUCGGCACUGGCCUACUGGGCUACAUGGGCAACAAGGGAGGCAUAUCAUCCAGGAUCAUGCUGGGAGAGACGACACGACUGGUCUUUACCAACUGCCAUUUAGCCUCGGGAGACGAUCAGACCAAUCUGGACCGACGAUGCUGGGAUUACAACAAGAUCCUAUCGCACACGGAAUUCAGUCCCGUUAACCGCGCGGGCGUACUGGAUGAGAGCGGCGAGAAGAUCGGCGACGAGGAUUUUGCCUUCUGGUUUGGCGACCUGAAUUUCCGGCUCGACGGUUUGCCAGGGGACGACAUACGUCGACUGUUGAUGUUACAUACGAGGGGCGAGUACGAUAUCAACAAUACAUCUACCCGCCAGCAUUUGGAUGAGGAUGGUGUCAUCGUCAUGUCGGAUAACGAGACGGUGGGUUUCGAUAAGGGUUGCGACUCGGAUGGCAACAACACCCCCCACACGAUCUCCCGCGAGACCAGUUUCGACAAAGCCGACGGCAACGACGAUAACGCUGAGCUCCCUGACCCGGACGAUUUUAUUCCCGAUCCUCACGACGAUCCUGCGUCCCUGCAAGCCACCCUCGACUCCCUACUCCCCCACGAUCAACUCCGGCGCACUAUCAAAGAGCGCAAGGCUUUCUACGAAGGAUGGCGAGAAGGCCCCAUCACCUUCUUACCGAGCUACAAGUACGAUAUUGGCACGGUGGGGCUCUUCGAUUCGUCUGAGAAGCGACGUGCGCCGAGCUGGUGCGACCGCAUUCUGUUUCGCACGAGGACCGACUUGCAGGCACAUAAGCAGAAGCAAGCAGACGAGAUCGAGGCCAAGAAGAAGGACGAAGACAUGCACAAGCGCGGGAUUGAUACUGCCGCCGAUGAUGAGUCCGUCUUAUUUGAUUACGAUCCCGCCAAAGAUUCCAGCUCCAACGACGUGACCGGCGGCGGAGAUACUGUGUACGACUACGACGAGUACGACGAGGAGGCGGAAGAAUCGGGUGGCGAAGAUGUGGUGACAAAAGAGGGCUUCAAGGAUCACAUUAGCUUGGACAUCUACACUACCCACCAGCGCAUCACGUCCAGCGACCACAAGCCCAUAGUUGCGCUGUUUACCCUGGACUACGACGCGGUAGUGCCCGAACUGAAAGCAAAGGUGCACGCCGAGGUGGCACGGGAACUGGAUCGGGCUGAAAACGAGGGGCGGCCGGGAAUCACGAUUGUGGUGGAUGGAAAGGAGAGCUCAUCCCGUGAUGUGAGGAACGCCGAGCACGAAAAUGAUAUUACGGAUGGCAGCGGUGGGGUGGAUUUUGGUCAUGUCGCAUUCAUGCAGCCCAAGCAGCGCUCCCUGACCAUCGCCAACACGGGUCGGGUGCCUGCAACCAUUAGCUUUGUGGGGAAGCCCAGCAUUGAAAAUGAGGCCUCUGGCUCCAGCGGUGCCGCUUCCAAACCAGCAGAACCCGAAUGGUUGCAUCUUCAGCUCCUCGACUUGUCUUCUCCAUCUGACGCCGGUGAGCAGACUUCGGAGCAAUCGAAAAAGGGAGCGGGGAAAGCCAUCACGCUGGAGCCCGGCGAUACCGCUUUAGCCCUCCUAACCCUGCACGUCACGUCGAUCAACAAGCUGCGCUCAUUGAACCAAGGUACAGACUCUCUGAACGACGUUCUAGUCCUCUGUGUCGCCGAUGGUCGCGAUCACUUUAUUCCCAUACACGGCACAUGGCUGCCCUCAACCUUUGGCCGCAGCAUCGAAGAACUCAUCCGCAUCCCGCCACGUAACGGAGGUAUACGGGGCCUCCACCAAAAGGAAUCAGCACGCAAGAGCGAGAAAGACAAGCCGUGGAAGGGCGGGCCUAUCCCUCACAGCUUGCCUGUGCAUUCAUCUGCGCCGGCAGAGUUGUACAAGUUGACGGAAACUAUCGAGACGUUGGCCGAACGAGCCAUGGCGGAUGAGAACAUGCUCGAAGGCGAAGACGCCAAGUUGCCUCGUGAAGUGACGGGCUGGCCGUUCCACGGCGAUGAUCAUAUACACACCCAGAACUCUUCUCAAAGGGACCAAACCAACGACAGCUCAGAGGUCGACCCGACCGAACUUCGAGCCAAGCUGAUAGAAGCUCUAGAUACCGAUACGCCACUGCUUGAUGCCUUUCCACCUCAUCUCUCGGCCCGGGUACGCCUGGAAGUUACGAGCCAAGUGCUUCUGCUUUUCUUCGCCUCCCUUACCGACGGCAUUGUAUCGGCGCCACUCUGGGCCAAGAUCGAAACAGCUCUGCCCACCCUAUCCACCCAGACCAGCACGAAGCUGGCUCCGGAAAUCGAAAAUGACAAGACAGUUGUUUUGGACAUCCUCGGCGGUGCACCGUACCACAACAUCUCCUUCGUCUUCGUGACAGCCAUGGUCGCCAAAGUCGCGGCCGACCUCGUACCCCUGUCGCCGGCUCAGGUGCAAGCCCUAGCGGACCCGAGCAAAGCCCAGGGGGCGAGAAGCAGCAGUAGCAGCACCGAUGGCAGCAUAGACGAAGGCGCAAUCCAGCGCCGGCUUGCCUGGGAAAAGCGGGCUGCCGAGGUGGUUGGCACUGCUGUGUGCAGAACCGUCUCAGGUGGGGAGAGUUUUAGCGCAAAGGAAAAGAAGACCACCGAGGACCGGAUGAGGGGACUCAUUGAGGUUUUCAUCAGGAAGGAGAACGCCUGA